GUGACCGCCUCGGUGCCGAGCAGUCACCAGGGGGCAUGCACAUAGUAAUAAUAAUAAUAAUGCAUUUCAGGAAAGCCUGCUAAUACGACGAGCCUCCAUCGUUCCCACCACACGGCCGUGGUGUGAUGGAGAUGUGCGCUUAGCCUUCAUGUGUCCGGCGGGUCUGCCCCUGGCUUUUUUUUUUCUUGGGGAAGAUCAUAUUGGAUCAUAUUGUUUGCAGGACGCUGUUCCUCCUGCAGCCCCCCCAGUCCAUCCCGACGUAGUUGUGAAUUGAACAUGGCGACUGUACCAGUAUAUUGCAUCUGCAGAUUACCUUACGACGUGACCCAGUUUAUGAUCGAGUGCGACGCCUGCAAGGACUGGUUCCACGGCAGCUGUGUUGAGGUGGAUGAAGAUGACGCUCCAAAUAUCGACAUAUAUCACUGCCCAAACUGCGAGAAGUCCCAAGGCAAAUCCACACUGAAAAAGAAAAAGAACUGGAGUAAACAUGACACGGGGCAAAGCACAGACAUCAAGGCUGUUCAGAAUGGCAGUCAGGUGUUCAUAAAGGAGCUGCGCAGCAGGACCUUUCCAAGUGCUGACGAUGUGGUGGUGAAGCUGAGCGGCGGUCAGCUGACCAUGGACUACCUGGAGGAGGGCGGCUUCAACGAGCCAAUCCUGGUGCAGAAGAAGGACGGCCUGGGCAUGUCCCUGCCUGCUCCCACCUUCUACAUCAGCGAUGUGGAGAACUAUGUUGGUCCCGAUGUCGGCGUGGACGUCGUUGACGUCACCAAACAAUCAGACAGCAAGAUGAAGCUCAAGGAGUUUGUCGACUAUUACUACAGUACAAACAGAAAGAAAGUGUUAAACGUCAUCAACCUGGAGUUCUCUGACGCAAGGAUGAACUCAAUAGUGGAGAGUCCGCAGAUCGUGCGGCGGUUGUCUUGGGUGGGAAACUACUGGCCCGACGACGCUCUGCUCGGGAAGCCAAAAGUCACCAAAUACUGUCUCAUCUGUGUCAAAGACAGCUACACAGACUUCCACAUUGAGUGCGGCGGCGCCUCCGCCUGGUACCACGUCCUGAAGGGGGAAAAGAUCUUCUUCCUCAUCAAGCCCACCUCCGCCAACCUAUCUCUGUACGAGCGCUGGAGGUCAUCGUCCAAUCACAGCGAGAUGUUCUUCGCCGACCAGGUGGACAAGUGUUACAAAUGCAGUCUGAAGCAAGGCCAGACGCUGUUCAUCCCAUCAGGUUGGAUCAAUGCAAUACUGACUCCGGUCGACUGCCUGGCGUUCUCGGGACACUUCAUCCACAAUCUGAGUGUGGAGAUGCAGAUGAGAGCGUAUGAAAUCGAAAAGCGGCUAAAGGUCAGAACUCUCAACCCCUUCCCCAACUACGAAACGGCGUGCUGGUAUGUGGGACGACAUCUCCUCGAACGAUUCAAAGGUUUACACAAAGCAAAUAAGCAGCCAGCCCCAUACCUGAUACAUGGUGCCAAAAUCAUCAAUGGAGCUUUCAGGGCUUGGACUAAAAAACAGGCGCUCUUGGAACAUGAAGACGAGCUUCCAGAGAACAUGAAACCAUCACAGCUCAUCAAGGAUCUUGCCAAAGAGAUCAGACUGUCGGAGAAUGCAACAAAAGCCAUUAAGAGUGAGCCCAGCAUUAAGGUACCGGUGGAGGAGUCCCCGUCCACCCACUCUGAGCCUGAAGAGCCCGUUUCCCCGGCCCACGUCCCCUCACCCAGCAGAGAGAAGGCCAGAAAGAAAGCUACCAAACCCCCCAAGCCUCCCAAGCCUCCCAAACCCCCGAAGAUGCCCAAGGCCCCCAAGCCUCCAAAGGUUCCCAAGGUCAAGGAAGGAGGGAAGAAGAAAGCGAAGAAAGUAAAAGAGUCGUCGCCGCCUCCUAAACCCUCCAGCUUCGCUGCACUUGAGUCCCAUGCAAAAGACAUCUUGAGCAAAAUGGACCAGCCGAAAAAGACAAAGGCUGUAAAGAACGUCCUGAGUAUAUCGGAGAAGGAAAUGUCAAAGCAGAACAACAUGGAGAAGUUUGACAUCAGAGAGCAGAAUAAAAACAAGACUGAAGCGAAAUGGAAGUAUAAGAAUAGUAAACCAGAUUCCUUGCUGAAAAUGGAGGAGGAGUGCAAGUUUGACAGGACACCGCUGUCGGGCAAUAAAGACAGAUUCAGCUUCACCAUGUCGCACAAGAAGACACUCGGCUCCAAGACACUGAAACCUCAGACCAACUCAAGUGUUUUUGGAUCAUUACAAAACCUAAAAGAGGACAAAUCCAAGCCGGUGAGAGACGAGUACGAGUACGUCUCCGACGAGGGGGAGCUGAAGAUUGACGAAUUCCCCAUCAGGCGGAAAAAGAACACCAUCAAGAGAGAUCUGUCCUUUUUGUCAGACAUCAAAGAACCCAUUCAGCCAGCCAAGAAACCAAAGUUCCAACCCUCGGUGACCAAGCAGACUGUGGACUCCUCAGACGAAGAGACUCUGCACAUAGACACGGAGGCCAAGUCUGAGGCCAAGUCUGAGGCCAAGCCUGAGGCGAAGAGUCGCAACUCUAAGGUCAAGAAAAAGGGCGGCAGCGCUGCAGGGAUUCUCGACCUCCUGCAGGCGAGCAAGCAAGUGGGAGGGAUUGACUACAGCGCCAACAGUCAGCCACCUGCAUCUCCCAGCACACAGGAGGCCAUUCAGGGCAUGCUGUCCAUGGCCAACCUGUCGUCUUCAGACAGCUUGCAGCAGCCGUGGAGCAACAGCCAGUCCAAGAACAACAGCCAGUCCAAGAGCAACUCGCACGGCGCGCAGGCCGGCAAGAAGGCCGGCGGCAACAGCAAGCGGCCCACCAAGCGGCUCCCGAAGAAACCCAGGAAGAGCAGCAGCAUCGAGAGUCUGGACUACGACGACGACCAGGACCACAUGGACGCGUGCUUCAAGGACUCCGACUACGUUUACCCCUCAUUGGAGUCCGAAGAGGACAAUCCCGUUUUCAAAUCCAGAUCGAAAAAACGGAAAAGCAGUGACGACACUCCGUACAGCCCGACAGCCCGCGUGGGACCCUCGGUUCCUCGUCAGGAGCGGCCGGCGAGAGACGGAGCCCGAGUGGCUGCCAUUGAAACGGGUCUGGCUGCAGCCGCAGCAAAGCUUUCUCAUCAGGAGGAGCAGCAGAAAACUAAGAAGAAGAAGAAAAGCACCAAAAAGAAGGCAAUAGUAGUCGAAGAGCCCCCGAAAAUCUCUCAGGACAGUAGCUCGCCGGAGCACAAUCUGGACUCCCAAGAUGGCAGCCUGACGGACCACGAGUUCAACACUGGAACAGUCAAGUCGCCGGGGGGGGCGCAGCCCAUGGCGCCGGGGGUUUUUCUUAGCCAGAGGCGACCGUCGAUGUCUUCUCCCAACAACAGCACCAACACAACUAGCACCAACAGCAGCAGCGCGGCGAAGGGGGAUCGCGCCGUGUCAGCAGACGCCAAAGCUAAGCGGCUAAAGAAAGGCAUGGCGACCGCCAAACAGAGACUUGGAAAGAUUUUAAAGAUCCAUCGAAAUGGAAAGCUCCUCUUGUAGCAUGCAGCAGACUGCUGUCGGACUGGGAAUUCAUGAGCGGGGUCCCAUCCCAACCUCACCGUUCACUGAUUUAAAGCCAAUAAUGGAGAAAAAAACAGCAUAACAAAACAUCAAGAAAAUCAUGCAUUUUUCAAUUUCUAAGAAGAACAUCACUCAAAUAGGUUUUUGCCUCUACUUUUACUUUAUAACUUUCAGAUAUUAAAGUGUACAGAACCUACUAUAAAUAUUUUUUAAGAGAACAUGUCUCAUUUUACUACAGCUGUCAGUUUAUCAGGGGUCGCUAAACAUGAAGUAGAAGUACAUUGCAGUCAUUCCAAGAUUUUUGAAAGUAUCCCUUGCAUGUAUUCAGUUGCAUGCUCCGCUUGGGUCAGGGUUGGGGGAUUUUACACAAUAAUUCCUACUAUAUGGAUGCAGCUUAUCAUUGCCACGUUGGAUGAUCGACUGGUUGACACGGGAAUAAAAAAAUUAAAAUAAAAACACCUUCCCUCCCA